ACAGGAUCAGGAAGUGUGGACGGGGCCUCUGUCGAUCUGUUCUUCGUAAUUAUUCUUUCUCGUUAUAUUCUGGGCAAACGGGGAGAAGAGGAGGUUGAAAGAAGAAGAAGAAGAAGAUUAACAAUAAAAAGGAAGAGGCAAAAUCAAGAAAGAUGUCAAUGCCACGAACUUUUGAUAUAAUCUCCGGAGAGAGCAUCUCGCUGCACACCGGACAGACUUGGUUCAUCGAAAACCAGCUGAACCUUCCGAUAGUUGUGAAAAACACUGACAUGGCGGAACUGGCAACGACCAUCGUCUUUGUCUUCAGAGCAGCCAUUGACUUGACCCAAGUCUUUGGGAAAAAGGGCAAACCAGAUAAAGCCAGGAGCCUUGCGGAAGACCAGAAAGCGAUUUACGAGCAGCUGGCUGCUUCCCUCUCAGCGGUUGGCGUCGACGGGCGCAUUUGUCUUCUGAGAUUCAUCUGUGAGGCUCAGCACACCAGGAUACAGAAACUCAAUCUCCUAGGGAAAAUGUUGGCUACUUUCUUGACUCCAAAAGAAGACAACUUCUUGGAGGAGUACAACAAGGCAUCUGCACUCGGCAAGGCGGGAGAAUGUGGCGGGAAUUUCGAUUCUUGUCCUAUCUCCCUCUUCAACAUCUUCAACUACUCCAAAAACGGGAAGCUCUCCAAGAACAAAAUGGAUUUUGAGAAGAAGAAGGUUUACCAUAAGAAACCCUAAUGGGAAAUGAUUUCAGGGUGAGCUCUGUUAUUGCUUAUAUUGCACCUGUGAUAUCUAGAAAGUCGUUUUGUAAAUGGUAGCGCGUGAGUUUGACGAAAGAUCACCCAAAAUAGUCAUCUGGUCUUUAUCAUUUUGAACUGUGAAUAUUUCUUUUAUGCUUUCUUUAACAAAAAAUAACAGUUUAAGGUAUAUCAUAGUCACCAUCUUCCUUGUUAUGUAAAACUAUCACUGGACCGAUAAAUGUCCGUGAAGCCUUUGCUACUUGUUUUCAGAAGACAUUUAAAAUGACUCACAUUUCACAGUGGAAACAUCUGGCAACCUUGCAGCUUUGUGGGCGUGGUCUCUUCAUCAUUAUGAGAGAGAGCAUAAUGAAAUAAAGAAGUUUCCAAUACCAAGUAAAAUGGACAAAAUGUGAUUAUAACGAUAAUAGCGACAAUGACAAUUAAAAAGACGAUAUGACAUUAAAACAGUGAAAGUAAUAGGUACACAUACCCGAACUGACGCAACUUAUAACUGACAUAUGUCCUUAGUGAACACAUUCCGACAAUGAAUUUCGUAAGUGACUAUGUGUGGUUAGUGAAAAUGAAUCCCACCCACAAUUGUGACAGUGACUCUCAAAUGAGAAUAACUGAAAAAGGGACCUGACAUGACAUGGAAGUGAGUGUUUGAAGUGAAAAGAAUAAAUAUGACGUGAAGUGACUCACAGUGAAUAUAACUUUAGAUUAAAGUAAUUCACCGAAUAAGCAACUGAAAAUACCAGUGAAGGACAGGAAACGAUUAUAUUGAUUAUGAUGAGUUUGAUUACAAUAAAAAAAAUUAAUACACAUGGUAUAUAUAUAUAUAUAUAUAUAUAUAUAUAUAUAUAUAUAUAUAUAUAUAUAUAUAUAUAUAUAUAUAUAUAUA